UUUUUUACUCUUCUAAUUGUCUUUUUUUUACUUUUUUCUCUGUUAGGUUGUUGAUCAACUGUGGAAACCAAAGCUAGAUUUCUGAUUUAUGACCAAAGCUUUUCUCUUUUUCCUUCCUUUGAUUUGAUCAUAUGAUUAUAGAAGCUUGGUUUCUCGACACAACCUUGAAAAGUUGUCAGAUCAACAAUGUGGCUAGAGAUUAAAGCCUGAAGAUACGCUACUUUGUCCUCUGUUUGAAGCUUAUAAGCUCGAAAAAUGAUUUAGAGAUCAUUUGCUUAGUUUAACCUAUUGACGUCUUGUCUCUUGCCUUGGCUUGAAAGAAAUCCCAAAUUUCAUCCUCCUUCUUCUUUUUAUUUGUUUUCCCACCGUUUUGUCCGGCGAUCAAAACUGGUUCUCAGGCUAUGCUUUAAGAAAAACCCUGAAUCUUGGCAUCAAAAGAAAGUUUUGGAGCUAACUUAAGAAUUAAUUACCUGUGCUGCAACUUGCAACACUUAUAUGGUGGUUUUGUUCAAAAGAAAAUAAAACCAUAUGAAAUCCAGAUACAAUCGCUGUUGCUCUUCAAGGAAGAUUGGAAUUCAGAAGAAUCUCAGCUUAUCUUAAGGCACAUCGUUAAAGAAUAGCUGAGCAAGUUUAAGGAAAGGAGCAUUAAAACUGAAUACAGUCCAUAGAAAGCCAUGGCGAAGAAAACUCAACGACGUGCAGCUGCGCGACAUGAGAGGGAUCAGCUAGGCUGCAUGUGGGGAUUUAUGAAUAUGUUUACUUUCCGCCAUGGACCACUGGCUCACAAGCUGCUUGUGGACCAAAAGCAUGGUGCGGGAAAUCCCAAGAACAGUCAGCUUGACAAGUCCAAAUGCCGCGACAAGGAUGCUCAAGAAACCCAUGUUGGUGAAGAACGCAAUGUCACGAUUACGAUUAUAAAGCCAAGUGUGAAGAAACUCAUAGCAGAAGAGUUAUUGAUUGACAAAGAAAUCAAGAAGCAGAGGGAGAAUGCUGAGGCAGGACAGUUGUCUGACUCUGAACUCGAAGGAAGAAGAAGGAAAAACCAGAGGAGGAAAAACAAGACCCGGAAGAAGAGCUGCGACAAUUUUAGACAUAUAAACACAGUUGACAUCGAAGAGCCUCAAGUUCAUCGCAGAAACAAGAAGCAUCAUGGGUCGGCAAGGAGUCUUGACAUUGAUAACAUGAUUGAAGAGUUCUAUUCUGAGAUUCAUCGCAGAAGCACAAGCCUUGCAAAGAAUGGGAUGGUGAACCACAAGCACGAAGAUUAUAAAGAAAAACUGAGAGAGUUGGUCAAGUUUUUAAUCGGUCAGAAGCUUUUACAUGGGAACCGUCCCAGAGAAAAUAGUGAAAUCCUUACAUCAAAGGACUUGAUGGAAGUGUUUCAGAUUCUGGGAUCGGAUGAGGAAUUGUUUCUCAAACUUCUGCAAGAUCCCGAGAUACUUGUGCCAAGGGACAUUCAAAAUUCACAAAACUGUCAAAGUCAGAAAAGAGAAGAAAACUUGAGCUUGUUCGAGAUAGCAUCAGAACAAUCUUCUCCUGCUGAUAAGAGAUGGUCUAGCUUUUUCAGGAGGAAAGAUGCACCACAAGAAGUGAUUGAUGACAAAGAAUGCGAAGCUUCAGACCGGAUUUUCAUUCUGAAGCCAAGAUCAGCAAGCUUUUCAAGUCCAGACACAGGGAAUAGCCGUGGUUCGUCACCUGAUUCCCAUUUGAUGAGAAACAAAAUGCAGAACGAGAGAAACAGUUCACAUUUCUUUCUUUCUGAGAUCAAGAAGAAGCUGAAACAAGCAAUCAGAAAGGAGCAACCGGGGCUGCAGCGUGAGGGGACAUUUGGGGAAGGGUUUCCCAAAAAUGUGCCAACUAAAGAUCAUUUCUUUCUCGAGCGGAUGGCAAGGCCUUCAACAUCUCAUAACAAAUCUCAUAAAGUUUUACAAGAGAACAGUGAAGAUGAUAAAAAGCAAAGGGUAUCUAACAUUUAUACAGAGGCCAAGAAACAUCUGUCUGAGAUGCUAAACAAUGGAGAUCUUGAUUCGAACUCAACAAGCAGACAGGUUCAAAGAACUCUAGGAAGAAUACUCUCUCUUCCUGAGUACUUGUCUCCUUUAAGCAGCCCAGGCAGAAGAUGGGAAAAGAGCUCAACUGCACACAGGAAGUCUGCUUCAGCGGAUUUCACAAAUGCUGUGAACAUCAGGAAAGAAACUCAAGCGAGCCAACCAGAGGAUGCAAUGAAAAAUGCUGAUAUUCAGGUCUGCAAUCUAAGCAAAGAACCUGAAAAUUCUGUCGAGUCUCUUCAACCAACCGCAAGUGAACCUACCGAAGAAAGUGUUGACAUGGAGGAUGGAACUGCUAACGAAGAGAAAAUCUCUGCUGCAGGUUUCGAUGUAAUGAUUAUCAAUGAGAUAGAUUUAGUUCCAGAGGAAGCAAGCUCUACUUUGGUUGGUGACUUAUCUGAAGUUGAAGCUCAUGAUGAACUGAGAGACGAUAUAAUCUCAAAACAGCUACAGACGUCUCAUGAAGAGAGCCAACCAUCACUGUCUUCUUCUGUAGCCUCACCGUCACAUUGUUUACCUAAAAGUGAGGAGUGCAAAUCAGCUAUGACUGAUUUUACGGAGUGGUCCAGCCCAAUAUCAGUUCUUGAGCCACUCUUCAUUGAAGAUGAUAUAAGCCCACCAAAAAUGCGGUCUCAGUCUGAUGAAGCACAGGUGCAACCUUGGUGUAUCCACUUUGAUGAAAAAGAUUCUGCAGCUAAAAGCCGGGAGCCUUCUGACGAAACUAUCACAAGUGAUAAAGAAUUAGUGUUUAAGUAUGUAAGAGCAGUCUUGGACGCUGUUGUUUCAAAUUUUGAAGAGCUUUAUCUGAAGGCGCUAUUCUCUGACCAGCUUCUUGAGCCGGCACUGAUCAGCAAUAUCCCAUUCUGUCCAAACCACCUUUGUCCUGACCAUGAGCUCCUCUUUGACUGCAUCAAUGAAGUUCUCAUGGAGCUAUGCUGUUGCCCUCCAUGGACUUCAUUUGUUACACUUACACCAAGAACCCGAGUCUUCUCUACCGUCAAAGCCAUCAUUCACGAGGUUCAAGAAGCGGUCUACUGGCAUCUUCUGCCAUUGCCACUCCCUCACGCAUUAGAUCAAAUAGUUAGAAAAGAUAUGGCUAAAGCUGGAAACUGGUUAGACAUCAGAUGCGACAUUGACUGCAUUGGCUUUGAAACUAGCGAACUGAUUCUGGAGGAAUUACUUGAAGAGCUCACUCUAAACUGCCUCAACAACACUGAGCACUCUCUGUUUCCAGCUGAUUUGAAGACCGAUGAGAGCGUCCUUAUACUAUAAAAGGUCAUGAAAAGUGAAAACUCUCUUCUCAAAGACAAAGCCAUCGAUGAGACAGCUGCAAGCUCUGAGCAUAGCCUCACUGUCACCAUUGCUAACUUUUAUCACCGCAGAACCAUGUAGAUACUUCAAAUUACUCAAGACAAUAACUAUCAGAGACCUGAGGCUGCUGAGAGAGAAAGAGAGAGAGAGGAGAUAAGAACCUUUCAAGACCAGAACAGAAACUGUUUGUGGUGGGGUCAUUAUAGAAUCCCUUUCAUAGACACUAGACAGGACCAUUGGUCUAUAAUAUAGGAUAUGAUUUUUCUUCAAUUUGAGUUGUUUGCGUGUUUGUGUGUUGAGAUGGAGAGAAAUGUAGUUCUUUCGGUUUUAUUGAUUUAUUUGUGUGUGAUAUUUUCAGAAAAAUGACAUAACAAUGUAUUAUUUGAUUACUCAUUUGAUGAUAGGACAAUGUUCU